CAGAAGUUAAGGGUUCGAGUUGCAAGAAGAACAAUACAACGGAAAACAAACGCCGAUGUAAAUUACAUAUAGUUUUUUAAUUCGAAUUAAAUGUAACUCUAAAAUCGGAUGUUUAUAUCUUAAAUUAAAAAAAAAAACUACAUUUCUUUACGGUUCUAUUAACAAAGUAAUUUUGUUGAAAAAAAUUACACCGGGGUCAGGAGUCGCAGGAGUCGAUCCUGGAGUGCUGUACAAUAUAAUAUGUGAUAAUGCUGAUUGGCUAUACAUAUCGCCAGUUGUUUCUUGUCACGCUGCGUCAAGCUGCGUAUACACUGAGCGAAACAACGAACUUGACCAAUCGCCGAAUUGAUCAAUUCGAUCAAUCAACCAAUUGAAUAUUUGCAUUCACUGCUCGUUCGCCAAGUAACUUUGUAAAUAUACAAUAUAUUUCCAUGUUUUUUCUCCGGCAAGCUUUAUUGCACCCUAGUAUAAAAAAAUUUAUCAGAGCCGUGCGCGAGGAUAUUCGAAAGUCCGACGGAAAGGUUUCGGAGCUCUCUUUGCUCAUAUCAUUGUCUUUUUAUCAUUUUACCGAUUUGUUUGCCGCUAAAAAUAAAACGACAUGAUUUUAUUUUGUACCAAAGCGAGAAUAAAUUCCACAGUCACAAACGAGCAUUUUCGGAGUCGAGGAUUAAAACACGCUCGCGCACCCGUCCUGUAUCCUCCUCUCGCACAACCCUGAAGAAGCUUUAUUUAUAACAAAUUAGUAAUCAUCAGCGAUAUGCAGAGCAUCUAGUGGCAGAAGUGCGAAAUUUAUUCGAGAUUGUCACGUGGUUCCGUAAUAUAAUUAAAUUAUAGAUAGAAAUUCUCUUGCGCGCGCUGUCAGGUACACGCUUCUCUUCUCAGGAACACAUUACGAGUGACCGCUUCUCAGACGUGUUUGUUUUUGAAAACCUUGGCGAGAGAGACCACGUGGGUCGCUAAACAGUACAAAAGCAAGACGGAUUGUACAAACACGUCGCAAAAACAGCGGUAAACAGCAGUUUAUAGAUUUCACACGGGCAUAUUAUACGGUGUAAUAAAAUGGCCAGAAAUAAUUCGCGAGAAUUCAUCAAUCGAAAACAAAUAACCGGAGCGGGCAACACCGGUGAAUUCUCGCUCGAGUGCUUGCUGAAACAUCCGCUGGAAAAUUGUUGGACCUUGUGGUACUAUCAUCCUGACAGAAAUAAACCAUGGGAAGAUUGCCAGUGUGAGAUCGCGAGGUUUAACAGUGUCGAAGAGUUUUGGGGAUUGUAUCAUCACAUAUUGCCAGCCUCCGAGUUGAAAAACGGAUGUGAUUACAGUCUGUUUAAGCAAGCAAUACCACCCAUGUGGGAGGCCGAUCAGAACAAAUAUGGAGGACGAUGGGUAAUAAACAUAGACAAGAAGCAACAGCAGGAUUUGGACGAUUUGUGGUUAGAAACUCUGCUGUGUCUCAUUGGAGAAAGCUUCAAUUUGUGUUCCGACGACAUAUGCGGGGCUGUGGUAGGCGCCAGGCCCAAGGGAUACAAGAUUAGCGUCUGGACAUCGAAUGCGGAAUCCCGGGACAACGUUAUGGAAAUAGGAUUCAAAUUGAAGGAAAGAUUGAGGAUCGUAAACAAGAUCGUCUAUCAAGCGCACGAGGACACUAUGAUAGCGAAAAACAAAAAAGUUACUUCGCGCUUCAGCCUCUAGAUGGCAGAUUCGAUCUGCAUAUAUUAAAGACAAAUACUAAUUUGUAAUCUGUAAUUUGUAAUUCAUUUGAUGUAAAGUGUGUUUUUAAAGUUCAAUAAAAAAAAAAAAAUAUCAGAUAUUCUAAUCGAAAAAGAUGUAAAUUGUUUAUAGACAGAAGCGCGCAGACGCGGAGUAAUGUCUCUCCAGAUUGCGAAAUAUUCAAAAUUUUUUCUUUAAAUAUACGGUGAAUAUAAAAAAAAAAAAAAAACAUCGAUUUUUUAAAACAAUGAUGACCUCUCUCGCUCCGCUUAUUCUCUCCUCUACUUACAUUUAAAGAAAUAAAUAAAUAAAACAACUGAUGGCUAUAUAAAUGAGUAAAAUUGAUUCGCAUGAAAAAUGCGUGUCCCACAACACGGAGGACAUGUUUGUUGCUCCUCUCAGCGUUCUUCCGGAUUAUUCCGCAACAUGUCACACAACACGUCACUCUCGUCCAAAAAAAUUGUCCACCAGUGUGCGCCAACCAGUGGCGUUUCGGCGUGAAAAGAAUGAAAGUUUUUCAUGAAAUUUUUUGAGAGAAGGCAGGCGAGUCCAAUGAAGAACCUCUUAAAACUUCAAAACUUAACCGCAAAGCGUGAGGGUGAAUAAACGACAUCUUUGAGGGAUGUUGAAUUCCUCAUGAAAAACCGGAUAUGCUCGAAGGCGAAAACACUUUUACGAGGUUCUACGACGGACUCGUUCCUUACUACUCACUUGCAAAACAGAAGCGUUUCCAUACGAAGCAACGUUUUUUUUUUUUUUUACAAGGGCGAUUAUUACACAAGAGACGUCCCAUUCCUUACUCUCGCAACUUUGUUUGUUUUAUCUCUCUCUCUCUCUCUCUCUCUCUCUCUUACGUUAAGGUGCAUUCGACGACAACACGAUGUGUGAAUGUUUGUUAUUACGUUUUUACAGGAAUGCAUGCUGAAUACUCUUCAAGGUAAUGUCUAGAUAAUAAAUCGAAGGUCUCUGAAGUGAAGAGUACAUUGUGCACUAAAUAUUGUCAAAGGUUUUCUACUUGCGUGUAAAAGAUUCGUCUGUCCAGCAAGUGCGCUUUAUCUUAUCGACCGCUCUCUUUCUCUCUUUUCGA